GGUGAAGCAUUAAGAUCUCGAAUACCAAGCUUGGACAAUAAGCUGUGAAAUCGCGCGGUGCACAGAGCUUUGGUGAAGAUGUCAGCCAACUGAAGAGAAGUCCCAAUCUUCUGCGGCAGGAUGUCCCUCGAGGCGACCUGUUCACAAAAAAAAGAGCUGUCCAUCUCGACAUGCUUGGUUUGCUCAUGAAAGACAGGAUUGGCGGCGAUGUGGAGGGAAGCCUGGUUAUCACAAUAGAGAUGGAUAGGGAUGUGUUGCGGAACCUGUAACUCCUGAAGAAGAAACCGUAACAAGAGAAUCUUACUAGUGGUACUAAAUCGCUAAUGCACGAAUGACUUGACGCGCUCGAGCAGGUCCAAGCUAUCCCCAGUCAAGACAACGUCGUCAAUGUAUAUCAAAAUGGCCAAGAAGACCCCAGACUUUUGGUAGAUGAAAAGUGAAUGAUCAGCGUGCGACACCCGAAAGCCAAACUCGAUCAAUGUCUGUGUGAACUUGGCAUACCAGUUGCGAGACGCAUGAUGAAGUCCGUACAGAGACUUCCGAAGUUGACAUAGGCGAGUAUCCCCGUCCUUAGAGAACCCUUGCGGUACCUUCAAGUAGACUUCUUCCUCUAAGUCACCGUGCAUGGAAGCGUUAUGAAUGUCUAGCUGAUGAAGCGGCCACCCCCAAUUUGUAUCCAUGGACAAAAGAACACGGACAGUAACCAACUAGGCGACGGGAGUGAAGUCAAUGCACUCAAGUUGAGUGAAGUCCUUAGCAACCAAACAUGCUUUAUAACGAUCCACCGUACCAACUAGGCGACAGGAGUGAAGUCAAUGCACUCAAGUUGAGUGAAGUUCCUUGAGCUUUAAGGGCUACAAUAUCAUUCAUCAUGGCGACUCUCCAGUGCUCAAAUUUGACAACGUGGGCAUAAGUGUGGGGCUUGUCAAAUUUAGUCAAAACUCCCAAAAAUAGUACGGUGAGCAUAAGAAAAACGAUGAUAAGUAAAAUAGUUUGACAUGGGACAUGCAACAUGGGAAGAACUAGCAUUAGGUCAAGGUUACCUCGUACACACCAAGAGCAGGAGGCAUGUGAUGAUCUCGAGGAGGAUUAUGCCGAGGAGCCAGGGGCACGAGAGGUGUUACCGGAAGGGGAGCUACUGUCUAGAGGAGCUAGAGAGGAUGAACUGCCAUCUAGAGAACCGAUAGGCCUCAUGGGUGGCGCCUCUGCCUCGGUGAGGGGCUCGUCAGUAAGUGAUGACAGUGGAGAGGAGGUCGCAUCCAGGGAGGAGGAGUCACACUCACCUUCGUGAAGAAGCUGGGACACAUCGACAGGAGCAGGUAUAGAAUGACCCACUUGAUCAGCGGGUUCAUCGUUAGCAAGAAAGGGAAUGUCAGUUGCUUGUGCAUGCAUGAGAGGAACGGACGUGCGCGAUGAUGAAAUGCCUCGAAAUGGAAGUCACAAGAGACAAUGAUCUUCCUGUUGCGCAAGUCAUAGAUCCGAUAUCCUUUCUGGGUGCUAGGAUAUCUGAUAAACAUCACUGCUAGACCACGUUUCACAAAUUUAACAAAUCCAUGAUGAGUAU